CAACCAAAAGCUGCACAAAUUGCCCCCAUUUUUCAACCUCUCCCUCUCUCUCUCCAUCACUCUCCCCAAAGCCCAAAGGCACACAUCUUCCAAAAUGCUUGUCAGGACAUAGAGCUGUGUUAAGCCGUAGCGAGGAAGAACGAGGAAACUCACGUAUAGAUAACACAUACAACCCUCUUUGAUUAACAUGGCGCUGAGCAACAACGUGAUCGGGGCCAUCAACUUUAUUGCGGUCCUCCUCUCGGUGCCGGUCGUCGGGGCUGGGGUCUGGCUCUCGACCGAGCCCGACAACUCUUGCGUGAAGAUCCUCCAAUGGCCCGUCAUAAUCCUUGGGGUUCUAAUCUUUUUGGUGGCCCUCGCUGGUGUCAUCGGGGGGUUCUUCCGGGUCCAGUGGCUGCUCGUGUUCUACCUGGUCGUGAUGCUGAUCCUCAUCGUGCUACUCUCGUGCCUUGUCGUGUUCGUGUACAUGGUAACGGUGCGAGGCCAUGGGCACCCGGAGCCAAGCCGGGCUUACCUGGAGUACAACCUGGACGAUUUCUCCGGGUGGAUGAAGAGGAGAGUGAGGAGUCCGUACAAGUGGGACCGGAUCCGAACCUGCCUGAGCGCGACCACCAUGUGCCCGGAGCUGAACCAGAGCUAUCGCAUGGCUCAGGAUUUCUUCAAUGCCCGCAUUAGCCCUUUGCAGUCAGGAUGUUGUAAGCCCCCGACAAAAUGUGGGUACACGUUUAUCAACCCGACUUACUGGAUCAGCCCGAUAAACACCGCAGCUGACAUGGACUGCCUCCAGUGGAGCAACGACCAGAACCAGCUAUGCUACAACUGCGACUCCUGCAAGGCCGGCCUGCUGGCUAACCUCAGGAAGGAGUGGAGGAGAGCCGAGGUAAUCCUCAUCAUCGCGCUUAUCGGGCUGAUAUGUGUGUACCUGAUCGGCUGCUGCGCGUUCCGAAAUGCCAAGACCGAGGAUCUGUUCCGCAGGUACAAGCAGGGCUACACAUAGAUAUCCCGGCGGGCAGGGUGCAUAGUUAGGAUUGGAGCUUAGUGUUGGCUUGGGGGGUUAAUUUAGUUUUGGGUAAUCAGUUUGAUGACUUGGAUUUUCAUCAUUGUGCAUUGUAUUGUAUGUGAAAGGAGUUUUUGGGUAUUGACUGAUGAUAUUUCCUCUGUGAGCGAAAGAUCGAUGUGUUACGUUGGAAUUCGAGUACGGCUGUAGAGACCUGCCCGAGAUUUGUGGUCUGUGGGUCCACCCAGUGUUGACCACUGCCACUUUUCUUUCUCCGGAAUGAUGAUGGAAGAGGAUUCCCGCGCU